GGAACUGUCUGUCAGGAAACAAAUGGAUGAGGAGUUCAAACCAGGCUUACUCUGGAUAUCUUUUGAACUUCAUAUACAAUUACUUCAGUGGUUUAUUAGUCUACAAAGUUUCUAGCUUGAUCACACUUGUAGUUCUUUCAUCAACUCUUUUGGGGAGCUCCUCUGCCAUUGGACAAGGUUGAAGUUGCCAUAACAAGAUUGAUUCUUCAGUUCUUGCUUUUGGGGUUUUCUAAGCUUCGGGGGGGCAUAAAACUAGUUUGGAUUUCACAAAGAAGAUUUCUUGAGCUUUGGAGCAUAGACAAAUAUGGAGGAUGAAUCAAAGAUCAAAUUGAAGGAACCUGGAGCCUUAGAUGUGGAGCCGUCUUCGACUUUUCCUUUGAAGAGAAUCAGAGGACAAAGCAAUGGAAUCCAAGUCCCUUCUUGCCUUGUUGAUGGGUGCAAAUCAGACCUCAGCAAAUGCAGGGACUAUCACAGACGCCACAAGGUUUGUGAGCUCCAUUCAAAGACCCCAAGGGUUACGAUCGGAGGUCAGGAACUACGUUUCUGCCAGCAGUGCAGCAGGUUCCAUUCCUUGGUGGAGUUUGACGAGGAAAAACGAAGCUGUAGAAAACGACUUGAUGGACACAACAGACGCAGAAGGAAGCCUCAACCAGAAACUUUUCCCACGAAUUCAGGAGGAUUCCUCUCCAGCUACCAAGGUACAAGAUUCUCACCAUUCCCCAGUCCACAUAUAUUUCCAAGUUCUGCAAUGAGCGCUGCUUUGGCUAUAGCUGGAGCUGCAAAAUCCGAGAGCGACAUGGCGCUAUAUAGUAGCCAUACGCAGUCAAGUGGCACGAGGAAAAACCACCCUUUUACUGGAUCUUUGAGCCAUAGUUAUAGUGGAGCAAAGGAACUCUCAUUUUUACAAGGCUCAAGUUGCAGCCUCCCACUAGCAGCCAUGUCCCAACCCCUUGUGGACUCAAAUCCUGCAUUGAACAACUCAUCUGGCCACAGCCAAAAGAUCUACUCUCAGUGGUUAUACCGAGACAACGACAACGAUGAAUCCAAUUGUGCUCUCUCUCUUCUGUCAUCCACGCCAACUGAUACUUGUAAAGAGAUUUGUUUGAGCAACAUGGUGCAGCAGUCCAAUUCCGCAGCCACAAGGCGGGCUCAGCACUCGAUCCCCAGCCUGCACUACCGUGGUUUAGGAAUGGUGAGUGAACCACUUGUACCUUCUGCCCUGGCUUUAGAUUACAGUGCAAGUGAUGAUCUCCAUUGCCAGCAAAUGUUUCGAAUUUGGCCUGACGGAUCUUCAUCUCGCGGUCAUCACCAUACUUCUCCUCGUGGUAGCCAUAUACCUCCAUAGCUUUGGGGGAAAGACAAAAAUAAACACUCUGCCUUGUAACAUGCUUACUUUUGUUUGUUUCAUUGGUGAAGCAAGUCACUGCCUUUAUCAACUGUGACAUGUCCAAAAUGUUAAUUGCCAUAACGUGGUUUGUCCGAAAGCCAACAACAUUAUUAUACUAAUGAAAACUUGAUUAGUUUUUUAGUAAAACACCUAUAAAAAAAGAAAACUUUGCAAUAUGCUUUGUAUAAAACUAA